AUGUUUGCCACUCAAGGGGUGGUAUUCCUCGACACGCCCCACGAAAGUUUUGUAACGUUACCCAAAGCAGAGAAUUUGGAGGAGUAUUUGACAGGUCUGAGCUCUUUCCUGCGAGGACAAACGGACACACAAUCUUCUACGGAAACACUAGCCAAGGAGCUCACUGUUAUCGAUGAUGCAUUUGAGCGCCUACAGACUUCCGUGUUCGUCCAAAACAAGAAAUCGCAUGUGCUGGGGGCUCCAGCCAUCACAAUACGCUUCAAUGAUAUCUGGAUGACAGCAUCAGACUUUGGUGCCAUGACAUUCCAAGAGAGGCUCAGCAAUAACAAGAAGAUCGGGUUAAGCAGACUACGCAGCAUGCUACGAAUAGAUACCCGGGGAGUACAGGUGGAAAAGACGGCGUCAGGCCAAAGCAGGCACAUUUCAAGACUUGAUUCACUCUUGGAUGAUAUUCUUCGUGUCCACCGUCGACUGUACGAGCAUCAUACCGGGACACAGCCUUCUUCACAGAAUGAUUCGGUAGCUCUGCCCGAGAGCCACUCAGUUUUGUUUUCAGGUAGACGAGUGCUGCUCCCAGAAGCUAUCCCGGAGGAGGUUGAGGCUGUCACGGCCCCACUUACAAGAAUAUCACGGCAAGCCUCGUUGGAGGAAUCCAAAUCAACGAGCAGGUCAGAAUCACCGGGUCCCGUGGGUAACUGGAUGAAGCUGGCUGGACAAACCUCGCCGAAUCUAGGACAUCGACUGAGACAGAGCAGGAGGGAUUCCUCGGGGGACGACGUUUCAAUUUCCUUAGGGAGGUCAGAAAGGUCAGAUAUCACGCAGCCUGUGGCUUCGAAUGCAUUUGCCUACGAUCCCGCGUACGGGAAUGCGUAUAGAAAGACCAUCCGACUUGCGAAUUCCUAUUAUCAGCGAGCUGAAUUCGUCAACCGGCAAACUGCUUUCCAGAGAAGCAAGGAGCUCUUAGAAGGUGCACUGGGCCCGAGCGUUCGGCAGUCAUACGAGUUCAUUGCGAUAGACGAGCAGUUGGCUGCUAUAUCAUUGUACCAAGGGCAUUAUUCCAAAGCCAAAGGCGACUUUGAAAUACUUUUGAAAAAUGCGCAUCGUCUGGAGCAAAUUCCCACCAUCCAGAAAAAGGAACUCGUCCAGGACCUCAAGCGAUGGAUAGCUGUUGUGAUGCUGCAUCAGGGCCAGUACCAGGGCGCAUCUCUCGGAUUCAAAGCUGUGCUUCAGGAUGAGCAGGUGGACGACUAUUGGGCUACCCCGGGAGUAUCGAGGAUGCUCAGGAUCCACGUCCAUAGAGACCUCAGCUUGGCCUUGGCCCAUCUGGGACCUUACUCUCAAGCUCAAGAACAUUUCAAGUCUGCGGAGGAAGAGCUCGAAAAGUACAUCCAAAACCAAGAGAGUGUAUUACAAAGCAUGACUGUUCAGACUCCAGCAGAGGCCAAUACAGAAACGGCUGCCUCGGGAGUUGUCGGCAUCAAGUCCAACACUCAAGCCUCCGCCGAAGACAAAUCUAGCAGGGGUCUGCAGAGAAAGCUAGCGGUAAAACGCGAGUGCCUACGUUUUGUGCAAGCAAUGAUUUACUACCUGUGGGGAUUUUACGACAAAGCUCUGGAGAGAUGCGAGGAGGCCACGCGUGGGCUUGAGGAAAGGCUCGGAGGAAGGCAUAUGAAGACACUUGAAUGUGCAAGUCUCAGGGCUUUGUUGCUGGCCAAGAACUAUCACUUGUCUGCAGCAGAAAACUGUUGUAGCCAGACUUUGCAUACUAUGAGAAAAGAGCUAGGUCCGCGCCAUCCUCACACACUGGAAGCAACUGGACGCCUGGUCCAUAUCUUCAUAUCGCAGUACCGACUGGCGGAGGCGACGGCCACGGCUGUCUCGCUCCAGAUGUGUGCGAAGAAGACCUUCGGAGACGAACAUCCCCAGACAAUCAACUCGCGCUUACUGUCGUCGCAAGUCGAACUCGCAACUGGAGACUAUAUUGACGCCUUUGCAAGGCUCCAGGAACUUGUCAAGGCAUCCCAAUCCUUCUAUGGAGAAGAAAAUCUGAUCACCCUCACCCAUGACUCAAUAUACGCUAGUGCGCUUUACCACGCUGGAGCCCUCAAGGAGGCUGAAGAAGUUGCUAAGAUGACUUUACGAAAGCAAAGAAGAUUUUUUUCGCUCCCGAACGGCGUAGAGACCAACACACGAGAAAUAUGUCUGUCUUCACAACGAUUGAUCAGGGACAGACGCGAAGCCAUGGAUCGAAAGGGGGACGAUUUGAGGAUCCAUCCUUUGUUUCUUUCCACACUGGAAACCAUCGCGCACAUUGAGCUCAGCAAGACAGAUCCAGACCGCGCCUCGGCAAGGGAGAUCUUGGGCUGCUGUUGGAGAUGGAAGUCACGACUUCUGGGCAAGGACCAUGCCUUCACCCUUGCCGCCGAAUAUGAGUUCGCGAUGACCUUUGAGGAUGAAGAUGACGAUAAUGAGGAGACAUGGCAGCGCCAACAACACAUACGACAUAUAUACUUACGCAGGAUCGAAAUGCUGGAGGACACACAUCCAGAUGUCCUCACUACCAAAAGAGAGCUGAUCAUCAUCAAUUGCACACUGGGCGUGUGGAGGGACUUGCCAACCACUGCCGAGGCCAGGUUCGAUGUGUACGGGGGAGAAAAGAGUGGUGACGACGGUUCCAUUCUCACCGACAUGGCACUUGCAGGCAAGACCAUGGACGACGAGGCAUGGGCUGUGGCUGAGAGCGAGUCGCAGAGGAUAUUUUCAAUGCAUAAGAUGCUGCUAGGCGGAACACAUCCCGAGACCCUAAAGUCACAUCUGUGGCUCUUCGAGUUGCAGGUCCAGCUUGGACGGGAGGUGGAGACACAGACCUGCACUAGAGAUCUGCUCUCUGUAUUGCGUGAGCCGAGACUUUUCCGCCAACGUUUCGUCGAUUCGGUGCGGAUCAGACAUCAAAUGGCGUUGGCACUACUUUACAGUGGCCAUCUUCGUCAGGCCGCACGUAUCCUACACCAGAUAUCCGGGGAAAUGAAGGCAACUCCUCUCAUCCAAAAUCCGUUAUUCGCUGAGACACUGGAGCAACUUCGACAGGUCACUGAUCAAAACAUUCUUGAGACUAUGCGAGAGGCUCAGAGGCACCCAAAUUACAAAGCGAGGUUGCAGGAGCUUCGCACCAAGGUCGAGACUUCAGCGAAAACGAACAAUGAUUCUGGAGAAGCUCCUGAACACCUUCGGGAGAUCUUCGAACUUUGCGAUCUGCUCUACGGACCAGAUCAUCCCCGGACUCUCAGCGCUCGCGAAAAGCUCGUGCUGGCAACCUGGGACCCGCAAGACGAGAGCAGAAUGAAGGAAGCAAUCAAGCAGAUGUCUGAACUUAUCGCCACGCUGAAGGCGAGCUCUGGCAUUACGCAGUGGGGAGAAUUGACAAGGGUGUACAAGCGGUGGGUUCAGGAGUUGGACACGCGGACCAAGGACAUGGACCUGGAAGAUGAGCAGGAGGAAUGA